AUGGAAUCAACAAGCAUCACCCUCAAAGACGUGCAUUCAUUCCAUAGUUUUGAUCAAGAACUCUUCAUUAGGUUGGUUCUGAUCUUACAUCAUGAUCCAGGUGUGUCUCUUUUAGCAAUGGAUAUAUGGCUAUGGCUACGUAACCAUGCGAGUUGUUUGAAUUUAAUUGUUAAAUUUUUAGAUGUACCUAUUAUGGAAAUCAAUCUACUGGCAAAAGAAGCGGUCAUGUGCUUGAAGUGGGUGCAAUCAAAGGUUCCCCCUAAAUCAAAUCUAGCAAGGGGUAUGGCAAUUACUGCUAUGGUGAUGGAUAGAGCAAUUUCAUUCCAAUAUUUCUACAAAAUUAGGUUCACCAUGACAAGUGGAAUAAAAAAUUACUUGAACGAUGUAUGUUCCAUCGUUUUUGCAGAUAUUUUAGUUUGGGUCUUGUCAAAAGGAUAUCCAAAGGUGCCCAUGAAUUUUCCCAUCCAUGUCCCUGGAUUCCCUCAUCAAACAUUUGGUACCAUAACAUUGAUUCUCAAAAGUUUGGAUUACAUUAUCCCGAAUAAGAACGAACCACUAGAAAAUAUUUGGUCCUUGAAACCUAAAUCACAAUUUGACGAUAGGACCAUGUUAUUGACAUUAUCAAGGAGUGAACAUAUGAUUAAAAAAGAAGUGGUUGAACUCUUUAACUCAAAAUAUAGAGAUUGUGUUGAGGAUGUGCAUAUGCUUCCACCAACUUCAUCAAAACAUUUGUUAUAUUCUCAAAUGGUGGUUCGUGAUGUUUCAACCAUUGAUCAGAUUUUGAGCACAAAACCUAUUGCUAAGUUCAAGAUUAAUGGAAAAGAUGUUUGGGCUAGAAGACUCUGGAUCCCUAUCUACACUCAGAAAAAGGUCAAAAAGUAA